AUGGCGUCGGGAGAGAGGGAGAGUGAACUGAGGGAGAGAGAGAACGAGGGCUUGGGCGCGGGGUGGGUGGAGGAGCGGUGCGCGACUUCAAUGCCGCGUACAGAGAUGGUCGGGAAGGAGCUCGACGGUCGGCACGUGGCGGUGACCGACGAACCACGGCACCGGUGCCGGAUCCGCCGCAGGGCGGGUGCUCCGCCUCCGCCGUGCCGGCGAAAUCGUCGUCGUCGCCGCGAUCCACGAUUCGUGCAGCCGGAAGACCGCCGCCUGCUGAGACUCGAGGCCCAGGUCCUGCAUCUCUUCCUCGUCGCGCACAGUUGCCUGGCGGAUAUCCUCGCCGGCAGCCAGGAGAGCGCCUUCUUGUCCAAGCGCCGCAACCAUGGCUCCCAGGGCAUCCUCAGGAUCCAUUCGAUCCUGCUCACCGCGCUCCACGCCAAGCAGCAUCUCGUGGCAUCCUGGGAGCGCGUGAGGCACCGGGCAGCUGAGAUUGCCUACGACUUGGUUCACAGGACCCCAGAGCUGAAAGGCGUGGUGCUCCAACCGCCCAGCCCGACGAAACCAAACAAUGUGCUUCCGAUCUGCUCCAGUACUGGCUGGAGGUAUCGCAGGAAGAACCAUCCCCGCCGGCCGCAGGCAUCUGCGCUUGCCAAGCGCUAUCUCCGGAGGAGGGAGAGUCUGCUUUCCUCAAGGCAGUCUAAGGAAUCAGCUAAUGAAUUGCAUGCCAAGGCAGCAACCUGGAUAGCGGAUAUUCUUGAUGAAAGUUUGAAAGCUGGUAAACCUCAGGAGCUCCAUCAGAAGGGUCCAGUUCAGACAAGUGGAAACCAAGGCACAAGUAAGCAUUCAAGUCAAGUAGGCAGUGCCCAGGAUGAAUCCAAGGAAGAACCUAAUGGACGUCACUGCUUCUGAUGAACACAAUCAAUAUCCAAAAAGACAACGGACAAGUGGGGCUUUUGCUGAAGCUAGCAUGACUCCGGCGAUUAGGACAUGAGCGGGGGAUUAUUGCAGCAUGAACUUCGAAUGCUCAGCUGAGACGAGCCGCGAGAGUUGUUAGAUGUCUACUACUAUUAGAAAUCAAGCUAUUUAUUACACCCUCUGUCCCAAAUUAUUAGUCGUUUUAGUUUUCCUAGAUUCAUAGAUUUUUUUAUGCACCUAGACAUAAAUAUACAUGUAGGUGUAUAGCAAAAACUAUGAAUCUAGAAAAGCCAAAACGACUGGUAUAAUUUGGGAUGGAGGGAGUAGUUGCUACUUCGAUGUUGAGCUCUCUGCAAGUCACUUAGAACUUGAUGCUAAGUUAUCGUGCAAACUCUCUCUAUCGGCGGCUACUUGGGUGCAA